UUAACGAGAGUUGAUGUGUGUUUGACGUGAGUUGACGUGUGAGAGCCGAGUAAAGCUCCUCCUCGGUUGACUGAACUCGAGACAAACAAAGAGGACAUGGCACUUGCUUUACUAAAUUAGAAUUUUCAGUUGAUACCAAAGCAUAUUUUUAUAAAGAUUUACAAUGGCUCAGUUGAAAAGCACAUGGAAGGAGAAGAUAAGUAUUGCUCUAGGAUUCAACUUGACUGACCUCUCCUUCGAGAGCAUUACACGUCUACUGCAUGAACCUAGGGACUCAGCAUCAUUAGCUAUCUGGAGAGUUGUAUUUGGUCUCCUCAUCAUUAUUGACAUUCCCCAAGAACGAGGGAUGGCCAGCAUCAGCAGGAGAUGGGGAGAUCCACAGCAAUGCCAUUUUCCGCUCUUCUAUUUUCUGUCACCACUCCCUGUUGACUGGAUGUAUGUUAUUUACCUGCUGAUGUUCCUUGGAGCCUUGGGUCUAACCAUUGGAUUUCUGUAUCGUCUCAGCUGCCUAACGUUUGUGCUAACCUACUGGUAUAUCUUUUUGCUGGACAAGUCAGUGUGGAAUAACCACUCAUAUUUGUAUGGACUUAUUGGAUUGCAGUUUUUAUUCAUAGAUGCAAAUUGUUGUUGGUCAGUGGAUGGACUUCUUAAACAUUCCAUAAGGAAUUCCCACGUUCCUUUAUGGAACUAUGCAUUGGUGCGAUUUCAGAUUUUUAUAGUUUAUUUUGUUGCUGGUUUGAAGAAACUUGACAAAGACUGGGUGUCAGGAUACUCAAUGGGAAACCUUGCUGAUAACUGGAUCUUUGAUCCAUUCAGAUUACUUUUGACCAAUGAGCAAAUAGACUUGUAUGUUGUCCACUUAGGAGGUUUACUGCUAGACUUGUUUAUUGGUUUUUUCUUAUACUUUGAUAAGACAAGACUAUUUGCAGCAUUUUUCUGUGCCUCAUUUCACACAAUGAACUCCCAGAUGUUCCAAAUAGGUAUGUUCCCAUACGUAAUGCUUGCAACAAUCCCGUUGUUCUGCUAUGCUGACUGGCCAAGGAGAGUGUUUAAACAUUUCCCAGAUGCCUUCAAAAUUGCACUCCCAUUGGAUACUCAGCUGCAGACAAAUAAACACUGCUUAUACCAACAGCCAAUCAACUCACUAGAUCUCUGCCAACAGCCAGUCAAUGAAAUCCGUCCACUUAAAGGGAAAUUAAAAGGCAAAUCAACACGAAGAUCACAAAGAGGUGCAUCUAAUGCGAAAAGAAAAGUAGCAACAGAAAAUGAAAUUUGUGUGAGACAUAAAGUUGUGAUUGUAUGUUUACUAGCGUACUCAGUUACACAGGUCUUACUACCUUACUCACAUUUUGUAACUAAGGGAUACAACAACUGGACAGAUGGGUUAUAUGGUUACUCAUGGGAUAUGAUGGUCCAUAGCUGGUCAAGUCAACACAUUAAAAUCACUUAUGUGGACAACACAACAGGACAAGUGGGCUACAUUACUCCGGGUGUACAUCUUUGGGAUGGUGCUAGUGAAAGAUGGAGUGCCCACGGUGACAUGUUAAAACAGUAUGCCAUGUGUUUGGUAAACCGCCUCAAAGACCACAAUAUUCGACAUCCUCAGCUUUACUUUGAUGUAUGGAGGUCACUGAAUGGACGAUUUCAGCAGAGAAUGUGGAAUCCAAAAGUUGAUAUCGUGGCAGCUGAUUGGUCACCUCUUAGCCAGUCAAGUUACUUGAUGCCUCUCCUUUCAGAACUGUCGCCAUGGCGAACAAAAUUUGAUGAGAUACAAGAUGCUUUGGAUAAUCAGACCACAGUUGUGUUUGUGGCAGACUUUCCAGGAUUGUAUCUUGAAAACUUUGUUGAUCCUAAUCUUGGCAACACAAGUAUCCAGGUUCUUAAAGGGACUGUAGCGGUUGAAAUUGCAGAUGGUGGCAAAAACGUGACAUUACAAGAAGGAGACAGCAUACAAGUACCUCCUGGUAGGUUCCAUAUAGUGCGCACGAUAUCGGACACUCCAUCCUGUUAUAUGUAUUUGACUGUCAACACAACAGAUGUCGCCAUCAGGAAGAAGUUUAAUAGCUACAAGGAAAUCAGAAACCAUAACAGAUCAAAUUUGUCAGAAUUUUCAUCUGAAGAGCUUAAAAUUUUCAAUGAUCUACUGGAAGAUGAGAAGUUUAUAGAAGAGUACAAGUCCAUGACCGUUCUUGAUCGAUUUCAGGACUUUUACGCCAGAAAGUGGUCAUUGUUUAGUUCCAGUUUUAACAGCGCUUUCCAAGCCGUUUACAACAUUGCUGCAUCAACUACUCUUUACGUCUAGAAUAUACUAAGCAGGCCUUGCUGCUUCUUCUUAUCAAGUCCAUACACAAGUUCAUACUCUGUUGAGCUAUGUCGAUUUAAUUCUAAAAACUUGGUGAAAGGAUUAUGAGGACCCCUACUCGUUUCAUGACCCCAGUGCUAGUACUGGUUAAUACAUGUCACCUCAUCAUGAACAUAAAUUUAAUAUUCACUCUUUUUAAACUAUUGGUGGAUCCAGGAUUUUUUCUACCAGAAUCAUGAGUGGCAAUUGAGGACCUGCGGUUUGAAAGGGGCAAGACCAUUGGUUAUAGAGGGGUAGGAUGGAGUGUACUCUUACGUGUUAGGGGGUCCUUCCCCCAUAGUAGCUCCAGAUUUUUACAUACUACUAUUAAUAGCAAACCAUUAAAACUUUGUGACAUAUAAGGAAACAUUAACGAUGUGAAUGUUAGACUAGUGGUGGAUAUUGUUUAUUUACUGUAAUGUAAUUCAGAUAUGUGUGGAUAUUAUUAAAACACAAAUCUUUACCAGUGAAAUUGUGUAAAAUACAUACCCACUUACAUGCAAAAGAUUAUAUCGUGGUUCAUAAAGUAUUGUAUUUGAUUAUUAGCUUGCGUUUGUUUAGUGUGGCAUGUAGUAUGUCCUAAUUACCAUUAUUUUUAUGCUUAUUUAUUAUAAUACAUAUAUACCCAAAUAUAUGAAUGCAAGGAACACAAAAUGUGCAAUUUAAAAUGUGCAAUAUAUUUUCGUUCUGGAGGUUUAAUUGCAAAUAGUGUAUAUUAUGAAACCCUUGCUUCAACUAGGGAGACCCCACUAGGAAUACGACUUUGGUUUAUCCUUGGUCCAUUCCAGUCAAACCAUUGAUUUUAGAUUUGGUAAUAUAAUAAACAUUGUAAAAAGACAUGUGAUAUACAGUACAGCUAUAUUAUAUAAAAUAUAUGGAUGUUGGAUUUUUUAAAUAGCUUUAAAUGACUGUUGCACAAAAUGUACUUUCAAAAUAUAUUAUGUCCAGCUUAUUGGUAUUUAAACCUAAAUUUGUUUACCAUGUGCAACAUUUUCCACUGUUUACUAAUUUUUAAAAUUAUUAAAGUGUACUGCCUCCGAUAGUUCAGUUAGUAUCACCUUGUAUCAUGUUUUAUUAAUUGUAGUAGAGAUAUCAGAAUAUAUAAAUGUAAAAUCAAAAUAUUGCAUAGGUUGAUAUAGGCCUACCAGUAUAUUUGUGUUAAAUAAAUGUGCAAUCAUGAAUAUUGACGAUAA